AUGCAACAGAGACGAGAUGAAAUCUUGGCGAAGAAGGCGAAGCUCGCGGAGCUGAAGCGGCAGAGAGAACUCCGCGCAACUCAGGCCACAGCAAGCCGGGGAAGCUCAGGGAGUCCAGGCGAUCUAGUGUCGCCUAUCCCAGGACGAGCCGAGAACCGCCGCGAUAUCGAAACUUUGAUCAACAGCUUGGUCGGAGAAAGUAGGCCUGGAUCCACGACAGGAGGGGCUGCGUCGCCGGCUCGUAGGGGCAGUCGGCCGAACAGUGUCCUGAGCGCUGGCGAGCUGAGCAUCGAUGCGGCUUCGGAGUUCACGACAACUACCAGUGGCGUACCACCUCCAUCCUCGGUUCCCGCCGCACCACCUGUUCAAUUGAGCCUCACUACCGCGCCUCUAACCACGAUAUACGAAUGCCCGCCCUCUCCCGUGAAGGAGGUACAUUCUUACAGCAAAGGAGUGCAGACGGCCGAGGAUUGGACCCCGCCUACACGAGACAGAGGUCAAUCGUUUUCCGAUGAUGAGGAGCCACCCGUCACGUCGACACCCAACAAGCGGCUGAGUCGCCGACAACGCGAUAGGGAAGAGGAACUGAGACAGGAUAUCAGAAGGGAGGUCGAAGAAGAGCUGAAGGCGUCACUGGAUCUGCUCAAAGAUGGGGUUCUUCCUCAGGAUGCGCCCGCCAAGGUCAACUAUCCUAUGCGCAAACUUACUGGCGAAGAGCUGGAGGCUGUUACCGGUGCUCCCGACUUUGCAGACUUCCUUGAAAAGUCAACCAAAGUCAUUGAGAGAGCACUGGACCAAGAGUACGAUAUUCUCACGGACUACGCACUCCAAGGCCAUGACGUUGACGACGAAGAUGACGAGAGCGGUAAUGUCGGAGGCAAGGGCCGGCGGAGAGUCAAGGAGGUGGCUCAGUUCUACGAUGAGAGGUGGUCUAAAAAGCGAAUGAUCAGCAGCAUCGACUUCUCACACCACCAUUCCGAGCUGAUGCUGGCGUCAUACACAAAGAACCCUACUGCCCCGCAUGAGCCGGACGGCCUGGUCCAGGUAUGGAGUCUGGCUCUGCGAGACAGACCGGAAUAUGUCUUCCACGCUCAGUCCGAUGUUCUCACCGCCAAGUUUUCGCCGUAUCACCAGAAUCUCAUUGUUGGUGGCACAUACAGCGGCCAAGUCCUCCUAUGGGAUAUGAGAGCGAAAUCAGCGCCCGUUCAGAAAACGCCUCUCACAGGAUACGGUCAUACGCAUCCCAUUUACUCCGUAGACAUCGUUGGUACGCAAAACGCAAACAACAUCAUCUCGACCUCUACGGACGGUGUGGUUUGCGGUUGGAGUAUGGACGUGUUCGCCCAACCACAGGAGUUGCUGGAGCUCAAAGCGCCCCCUGGAUACAAGUUGGACGAUGUGAGCCCUACAUGUUUGGCGUUCCCGCAGACCGAUCCUACCUUCUUCCUUGUCGGCAGUGAGGAAGGCACAAUCUUUCCUUGCCACAGAUACGACCGCGCCGGUGCAAAGGCUGGUGUAGAUGCUAGAGUCAGCUACAAGGGCCAUACCGCGCCGGUCAUGUCCGUCGACUUCCAUCCCGCCCGAGGUCCCGUGGACCUGGGUGAUCUGGUACUCUCUUCCUCCCUGGACUGGAGCGUUCGUUUGUGGAAGGUUCGCGCGCCGGCUGCAACAUCGACAGCUGGAGGUGAGCCAUCGGUCUCGCCCCUCAUCGACUUCGUGCGGGAAGACGUCGUCUACGACGCGCAAUGGUCUCCGAUCAAGCCUAGCGUUUUUGCGUUGGUUGAUGGAGCAGGAUGGCUGGAGCUGUGGGACAUCACCGUGGAGACCGAGGAGCCUGUCGCGAGAAUUUCGCCAAGCUCUCGCAAGGAUGGUAGGACCAUGCUUGCGAAGAGCUUGAACAAGCUUGCCUGGGAGCCGUCCGAGGGCAAGCGUCUGGCCACGGGAGGUAUUGACGGAGUUUUGACCGUCUUCGAGGUGGCCUCUGGUCUCGGUGGCAGGGACGAUCUGAAGGCAGAAGAGUGGACAAACGUGAAGAAGCUGGUCAACAGAGUUGAGGCACACGGCCUGAAUGGAGCGAUGGUGUAG